ACCGGCUACCGGCUCUGUGUAUCAGUUUCCUGUUGAUUCGAAGAGGUUGUUGGUGUGUAGAAGUGCGACAUGGAAGAGGACAGUUCAGAAACGAGUGUAACCCUACCACUGCUGAGCAAUAACGAGCAGGAUAAGACACAUUCAUGUAAAGAGAACAGACAUGACCAGGAGCACAGCUACGGUUCCAGUGGGCAUCAUGGCAUUCACAGUGAAACCUACGUAGCAUACAAAACACGGUGGUAUAUACUGGCAAUAUUUUCACUGCUGUAUGCGUUCCAGGCUAACGCAUGGAACGCAUGGGGACCCAUCGCUGGCACAGUUCAAGUUGUUCUGCAGUGGUCCCAAGCGGAAAUCGACCUCUGUAUCAAUUGGGGACCAGUCAGCUACGUCAUCGCUGGCUUAUUUUUCUCCUACAUACUGACUAUCAAAGGUUUUCGGUUUGCCUUGAUUGCCAGUGCACUAUUUCUACUAUCAGGCACUGCAAUCCGCUGCCUACCCGUUGGCAUUGAAAACAUCAAAUGGACAGCUAACAUUGGUCAAGUGUUCAUCGGACUGUCUGCCCCUAUACUUCAAUCAGCUCCAACACAUUUGUCAGCGAUCUGGUUCCCGCCUCAUCAACGAACCACGUCAACUGCCAUAGCAGGAUCAGCAGGAUGCCUCGGUUUAGCCUUAUCCUUCGUCCUUGGUUCGAAUAUCGUCCCCACCUUGCCAAAAUCUAUCACCGCUGAUAACAUCACUGCGGUUCAACGAGAGACUUAUUUCAACUCCAUCAUGAAUUUAUUGUACAUCCAGUGUGCCAUGAUUGCAGUCAUUGUGAUAGGAGCUCUGUUAUACUUGCCCGACAAGCCACCAACGCCACCAAGCGUCUCAGCCACUGAAAAGCGAGAAGGUUUCGUAGCCGGAACCAAAGCGCUAAUCAAGAGUGCAUCUUUCUGGAUACCUGCUCUUUCCUAUAGUGUCAGUACUGGCAUUUACGUUGGUUGGGACACUCAGCUAGUUCUUAUAUUUAACAGCGCACUGGGCGUGACACAGACUACAGUAGGAUGGAUCGGUUUCUACGCCAACAUUGCGGCAACAAUAGGAACAUUAGUUCUUGGAAUAUUUGUAGAUUUCCUUGGAGGGCACAUGAAGUUAGUUCUCUUGGUAGCAAUGCUGGGAUUGGUGGGCAACUGUGUGUGGUGCGUUCUACUGUCGAUGCACUACAUCCAGUUUAGUAUGGCGAGUUUGUACAUCUCGUGCAUCGCCAUUGGUUUCUUCGCAAACGCCCCAAUUCCACUGUAUUUCGAGGUCACCGUUGAGGGCAUGUAUCCAAUAGCCGAAGGAACCGUAAAUAUGUGGAUGGGGUGGCUGAAUAACGCUUUUAUGCUGAUAUUUGUGCUACUGCCGCAAAUUCUUCCAGGAAUAGGUGUCGCAUGGUUGAACUGGGUAUUUCUAGUCGCCGUCAUCCUCUGUCUUCCAUUACUUCUGGCGUACAAAGAGAAAUACAAACGAUUUGAUCUUGACACUCGUGACGAAAUAAAUGCAGCAUCAGACACAGAGUAAUAUAAUGGAGAGACAAAUGAUACAUAAUCUCAAUUAGAAAAAGGAG